AUGCAGAGAGCAAUUGAGCAAGCAGGAUCCGCAUUCACUGGCUGGAUCUCGUCCUGUUUGUUCUGCCUCGAUUCAGAUGGCGAUGAUGGACGUGCCGACCAUCAGCAAGCCAUGAAGCAGAAAGGUGCUGAGCGAGAGAUGCAAGUAUGCCACUCUCAGCCUCACCUUGUCCCUCCGAUGAAGCUUGUUGUCUAUGACGACCUACCUAGUCCUGGCCCCCCUCGUGCAUCAUCGUUCUCUACGUGGGUAAUGGAAGAGGGCAGAAACAUGGCUUCGCGAGCCUCCGGCAGGGCGAGCAUGUCGUUCAGACGCAAGUCAACCGCUCCAGUGAGGAUCAGUGCGCCGACGGACUUCAGGCGGGUAACAGCGUUGCCCCCAAACUCAGAGGUUUCGACUGAAUACCGUCCUUUGGAGCUGAGCUUCCAGAGCUCAACAAACCCUCUGCCUGAUCUCCCCCGCUUCAGUGAUUUCGGGAUCGAAGAAGACCAACCGCAGCAGGCACCUAUCGCUCGGCCGCCGAGGGCUCUCUCGUCCAUGACCGAGGUCUCAUAUCAAACUCGUCCCCGCACUCAUCGCCCUUCGUCCUCCUUCAACCUACCUCGAAAGCCCGUGGGGUCUGGGUCCCGCCGGUCAUCCCUCGCAACUCUGGAGCUACUAAUGGAGAAGCAAGUCCCUGUUAGCCAUCCUCUGAUCCCACACUUUUCCAUUCGCGAUUCUACCGCCUCUGUAGCCACUGGUCUGGCUACCGCCACUCUUGCCUCUCCUCCCACAUGGCCGGAUUCAACCGUGGGGAUCCUACCUCUCUCAAAUAAUCCCCCUCCGCGAGGGUCUCACCAUGCUACUGCAUCAACAACACACAGCCCCCCCAACCCAAUAACAUCACAGGACAAGUCACUCCCGCAAGUCCCGGCGAAGCCUCCCCUUGCAUCUGGUAGGCACUCGUACGAACCCCCUGCGACCCCAGUGGAUAAUGGUCCCUUCGAACCGUUAGCCAAAUCGUCUCCAUCUCGUUCCAGCCGUGUAACGCAAUGGCUCCUCCAACAAUCCACGGCACCCAAAACUCCUACAAACCCCAAUCCAACCUCGCGGAGGCCAAGUUUCAGCGACAAGUUUUCCAUGCGCAUCCGCUCCCGCACAUUAAGCGGGUCAACCCUCGCUCCAUCAAUCAACAACGUUGAUACCAUGCCCCGAACCUUCAAAGUCGCUCCAGCUACAACAACGCCUCCGCUCUCGCAUACCACCACAGCAGGUACAAUGACAACAGCACGGACAUCCACUCUUGGUUCCCGGGUCGAGAAGGAGUUCGAAAUGCCAUACGUUUUCACUCCGAGGCAAACCCACUCAAGCCAUUUGUCUGACGAGCACCCCCGCUCCCACCCGACAAUUCACGAAGCGCAGCAACAUAGCCCUAAUAAUAAAUUCAGUUACCACACCCCCGACUACCACCACGAUCAUCAUAAUUAUCCCGCCAUUGGAGUGGCAUUUUGA